AUGCCUGAGUCAAAGAAUCACAUCGAUGAAAAGUGGAAAAAUCAUUUUGAAUUUAUCCUCUCAGUCGUUGGAUAUGCUAUUGGAUUAGGAAACAUAUGGAGAUUCCCAUAUCUUGCUUAUACGAAUGGCGGAGGAGCAUUUUUGAUACCUUAUUUGUUAUUCCUAGUUCUCACUGGAAUCCCCAUGUUUUAUCUAGAAUUUUGCAUUGGACAGUUUAGUUCUUGUAGACCAAUUAAUGCAUUUUCUAUGGUACCAAUUUUCAAAGGAAUUGGAAUCUCAAUGGCAGUUAUAUCAGGAUUAGUUACCAUGUAUUAUAAUAUUAUUGUUUCCUACGCACUUAUAUACUUUGUUAAAUCGUUUGCAAGUCAGCUUCCGUGGGAAACGUGUAACAAUUCUUGGAACUCUAUACAUUGUACAGACAGAACACAAAAUAUCACAGUUAAUAUUUCUUUUUUAAAAAUCCCUCAAUUAGAAAUUACAUCUUACAGCAAUCUAGCAGUUGUAUAUGUUACAUCAAUAUUGCCAUAUAUCUUAAUAACUGUAAUGUUGGUUCGGGCCAGUCUUCUGCCAGGCUCACAUAAUGGCAUUCUGUAUUUUAUUAAACCUGAUUGGUCAAGACUGUUGGAUAAAUCUGUCUGGAUAGCUGCUGCAACACAAAUAUUUUAUUCAAUGGGUAUUGGAUUCGGAUCUUUACUACUGUAUGCUUCAUAUAACGAUUUUAAUAACAAAUUCGAAAGGUAA